GGGUGGUCCAGUCAACUCAAGCGUCGUGGCACAGACAUAAAUAACCACCGACACAACCCCGGUAGACUCACCCCGCAACCCACCAUGCCCAAAGUCACAGCCACAUACAAGUCCCACGGGUUCACCAACACCCCCCUACAGCUCACGCACGGCCAAGCCGCCUUGGCUGCAGGACAGAUGGAGCAGACCUUCUCAGGCGACAUGGACGGCUAUGGGGUGUCGCACUUCACGCUCCUCCCGCAGGACACGCACAAAUCCCUCUUCGAAGGCGUCCAAGUGUUUGACGGCGUCCUCCUCGGCCGUAAGGGCACCUUCGCGUCCACCGCCCGCGGGGUCAUCGUCGACGGCGUGGUGGAUACCAACAUGGUCAUCUAUGAGGGCAGCGGGACGGGCGAGCUGGCUGGUAUUCGCGGGAGCGGGUCCUCGCGGGUUACGUUUGGGCAGACUGAAGGGAUUCCCAUGUCGUUUGAGGUCGAGUUUCAGUAGUGCAGAGGUGUCAUGUGUUGAAUGUGUUUGAUGAUGCAGUCUAUG